UUGGUGAGUAUUCAGUGAGCGAGAGUGAAGCUUACUGUUCCAGAAGUUGAGGCGCCGGGGUGACACACGCACACAUACCUCCUCUAGUCUACUUGUUCCUUCAAUCCACUUCCUAAUGGCUGCUCUAGGUCGCACCAUCAACUUCUCUAACGGGAAGUCAAUCCCGAUACUUGGUCUAGGGACGUGGAAAUCUAAGCCAGGAGAGGUGACGGCAGCGGUGAAAGACGCCGUCACAGCUGGCUACCGUCACAUUGACUGUGCUCACGUGUACCGCAAUGAACCUGAAGUGGGAGUUGCCAUCGCUGCUGUCAUCAAGGACGGUACCGUCACCAGGGAUGAACUCUUCAUCACCAGCAAGCUGUGGAAUACUUGCCACUCGAGGUCAUCUGUGCUGCCAGCCCUCAAGACCACCCUGACAAACCUUGGCCUCGACUACCUUGACCUCUACCUCAUACACAGGCCCACGGGUUUCAAGGAAGGAGGCGAUCUCUUCCCAGCUGACUCGACUGGGAAGAGACUCUACAGUGACGUUGAUUACGUGGAAACCUGGGAAGCAAUGGAGGAGUGUGUGAAGUUGGGCCUCACCAGGUCCAUCGGGGUCUCCAACUUCAACAAGAAACAACUGGAACGUGUUCUUAAGGUGGCCAAGGUCCCCAUUGCUAACAAUCAGAUCGAAAUACAUCCCUAUCUGCCUCAGAAUAAAAUGAUUGAAUUUUGCAAGAGUAAAAACAUCACUGUUACAGCCUACAGUCCUCUUGGGUCUCCAGACAGACCGUGGGCAAAGCCAGGUGACCCAGUAUUGACGGAGGAGCCUAAGGUCAAGACUCUCGCCCAGAAGUACAAUAAGUCGCCAGCACAGAUUCUCAUCCGCUUCCAGGUUGACCGUGGGUUGAUUGUGAUUCCAAAAUCUGUCACCAAGUCUCGCAUCGAAGAGAAUUUCCAGAUCUGGGACUUCCAGUUGUCGCCAGAGGACAUAAAACUCUUGGAGAGUCUGGACUGCAAUGGACGCGUCUGUGCCGUUGCUGAGACCAGUGAUCACCCGUACUUUCCAUUCCACGAUGAGUACUGAUCAACCAUGAAGCACAAGGCUCAAGCUUGUUCCCCGAGUGUCAGUUAUCAGUUAUCUUCUGGGUGUCAUCGGAGGUCACUUGCGUCUACUUAGUGUAAGAGCGUCACCGAACGAUGCUCACGAGCAGGUUCCAGAGAUGAGACGAAGGAUAAAACAAGCUUAGCCAUCGAACACUGAGAGCGACUAUAACGAUAAACAGAGAAUAUCGAUGGAACGUGCCACGUCAGUGGCAUCAGUGCCAGGUAGAAUAUCGCCAUGAGAAUAAAGAGAAAAUGAAACUGUGCAAAUUACUCUACACAUAUCAAAAUAAAUUACUACUAAUUACCAGUAUUCAAGGAAGGUGACAUAAAACUGAGUUCCCUCAACAAGGGUGACUUUAUGCCGGUGAAAAUCUCGAAUAAAAUAUCACAAUUUCUCCAUUUGUUUUCCACAUGUUCUAUGUGACCUCUAAGGUUUAAGUACUUUCCACUGAAUAUAAUAAUAAUUACAGAUCAGAGUCCUGGAGGAGAGUAACAUGUCAAGUGCUGGAAAACAUUACAAGACUUACUGUACUAUGGACAUUUAGAAAGUGUUAAAUUCCUCACAGCUUACCAAUAACUGUUCAGAAAUGGAA